GAAUCUGGCAACCCAAAUCCCAUCUGUCACAUAUUCUGUCAUUGGGCAGGACACUAACGUUAUUUGAUAUUAGUACCAUUACUCUACACAAGGCCAUUUGCAAAGCUGUCACUUACUACCAGAAGGCAUGGGUUCAGGAGAGAGUACAACCAGAAAAGUGUCUUUCGGUGUCGACGAUGAGGACAGAGUCAGGAUUCUUCGUGGAGUCAAGCUGUCAGAAGAUGUUCUUCAGAGGAUGCGAGGGGUAGCUAACAUUGCUCCAGAACGCUCAUCAUCAACCUCAAGCGCUCAGAAAGACACAGGUGCCUCUCGCAAUGCCAGCUCAAGCUCUCGACCCCAGCAGAACCCACAGCACCGGGCCCAACCCAAUACCCAGUCCAGCAGUAGCAAACCAGAUUCCUACACUAAGGAAGAACAGAGGAGGUAUGAACAACAGCAGACAAUACUCAAGGAGGAGCUGGCCAAGGUGGCACAAAGAGAGAGGGAGGCAGCAAUGCAGGAGAUGACCAAAGCCAAGACCCGAGAAAGACAUCACACACGUCUGGAAGCUGAGAGGGCCAAACAGCUGUCAGCAGAUGAGAUAGAAGUGAUGGCUCAGCAGCUACAGAAGAAAGAUUCACAGCUGAAAGCGCUGGAUGCCUUCUACAAGGAGCAGCUGGCACAACUGGAGAAGAGGAAUUGGGAAAGAUACGAACAGAUCAAGGAGCAAUUCCACCAAGGUGCCUCCAAGACUGAAGCAAAUGUGAGGUCUCGCAACACAGACCCAGUGUGUCCUGGUCUGCAGGCUCAGAUUUUAUCCUGCUACAGGGAGAACAGAGAUCAGACCCUGAGGUGUUCAGACCUUGCCAAAGAAUACAUGCAGUGUAUCAAUGCUGCAAAGAAGAACCUGCUGGUCAACCAUGGAUGAAAAGUGGGAGGAAAAGGGUGAAACAGUUUCUUGACGAAGGCUUUUACUUUGGCACUAAGAGCAGCAAUUGUUGCAUUCCUGUUUUGAAUUAUGAGAGAGUUGAUUUGCUGUUAGCAUGCCUUGUUUUUAAAACUUUGCUAUUAUGCUAUUUAUCUGUUGAAGUAGCUCUACUAUUCUGCACUGCUACAUUCUACAGGGAAGCUUUUCAAAGAGUGUGUGUAUUAGGUUCAUGGUCUAAGUCAAUACACUCUCAAUUUAAAAGUCAUUUAAAAGAUCGGCAGAAAGUAUUUCUAAGAUGAGUUGUAAAGAUGCAUUCAGGGUCACUUCUCCAUCAGCUGUAUAAAAUUCAGUUUACGUCCAAACCUCUGCUGCUUUUGUACAUAUGACAAAAAAAGAAAAACAUUCCAAGUUUGAGCUGAAUCGGGUGCAUAGGGACCGUCCUUGUUUUGAUCUCUGACUGAAAGAACUGAUUGAGUUGCAUUGCUUUUAAGUUUUAUGGUUUUGUAUUUUUUUAACACAGGAAUAAGCUCAGGUAAUCCUGGCUAUGACUUUAAUUCAUCAGACCUGUGAUGUAUUAUAUAAUUUUAUUAAACCAUUCAUAUCUGGGCUCAUUCAUGUCUUUUUUUUCCAGUUUUUCCUUCUGGGCUACUCAAGUAGUGCAGUUGACUGACUUCUUUCUUUUGUUGUAGUUCAAAACCUCUGUACAUUUCAUUUCAACUAAGUGAUUAAUUGAUUCCUCAAAAGAACUGCUAACUGCUUAAUUUCCUUUCAUAUCAACUUUAAAACUGAAAUUAUCUUUGAUUUAAAUGAUCUUUGACAGAACAGUGAUGAAAUGAGGGAACACCUUGGAUAGUUAGAGCCUGACAACUGCUUCACUACACUGGUGAAGGGCAAUGUGCUGACUGCCAUGUGCCAUUCCUUAAUUAGGCACCUAUGAAUUUUUUUAAUUAAAACUACAACUCAACUCAAGCUCAAUUUUACUAUGAAAUGGUGGUAAUUAAAACCAUACUGCAGCAGCAACUUUUUCCAGUGAAUUAAACAUCGAUUUUUUUUUAGAGGGAUUAGACAGACAAUCUGAAACAGCCUGACAAAAGGGAAGUUUCUAAUGAUGGAGACCCGAUAGAAAAAUACAGAUCUGGUUUAGUCAGGAUUCCAUCAGGAAGACUUGAAGAGUGCUUCGUGUCAUAAAUGUCAAUAGCCAGGUUUCAAUUUAUGUUGCGCAAAUCCUCCAGUUGAUGUCAUUAACCUGUUGCACAAGAAAAGGACAUGAGAUGACGUGAUUAAAAGAGCUCCAAUAAAAUGGUGGAGAACAAUGAAGAAAGCAUAAUGAAAAUAUGGCAUUUAACUUGUGUAUAAUUAAAAGCUUACACCCGCCUCAUCACUGCAAACAGAUUUGAUAAUUUCAUCUUCUGCUGUUUUUGUCUCUUCAGUCACAUGCUUCAUGUACAUCGUCCUUAUUUUGCUAAAUUUGCUCCAACUUUGUUGCAUUUUGCUGUUAUUUGUGUACCAACUUUUCCAGCUAAGCCAAGCAUUUUUUAUGCACUGUUUGAAAAUGCUAAUGAAAACAGGUGGACAGAAAUGCACAUAGCUCUUGAAUGAAUAUAUAAAAGGAAGUGCACUGGAGAAACUUGAGUAUGAUUAUACUGAUGACACUUUAACAGAGAAAACGUCAUUCAGACACUGAAGAAAUAUUGAUUAUUAACAGGGAAAUUGAUGGCACUAAAUGAGAUCGUAUGAAUGUGUUCUUUAAUAAAACGUGUGGACUACU